CCUUGGCAGGUGUGCCUGCAGCACAUUUCACCCUGGGUUCCUCCGGGGAGCCCUGGCCUACCGGAGGACAAUGAUGUUCAGGCUGCUGCUCCUGGGUCUCAACUUCUUCCCCUCAAUUCAAGUAACAGAAAAUAAGAUUUUGGUGAAGCAGUCACCCUUGCUUGUGGUAGAUGACAAUGAGGUCAACCUGAGCUGCAAGUAUACCUACAAUCUCUUCUCAAAGGAGUUCCGGGCAUCUCUGUAUAAAGGGCUGGACAACGCUGUGGAAGUCUGUGUUGUGAAUGGCAAUUUUUCCCAUCAGCUUCAGUUUCACUCAAAUACUGGGUUCAACUGUGAUGGGAAUUUAAGCAAUGAAACAGUGACUUUCUACCUCCGGAAUUUAUAUGUUAACCAAACAGAUAUUUACUUCUGCAAGAUUGAGGUCAUGUAUCCUCCUCCUUACCUCGACAAUGAGAGGAGCAAUGGGACCAUUAUCCAUAUUAAAGAGAAACAUCAUUGUCCUGAUCUCCAGCCUUCUGAGCCUAAACCCUUUUGGGUAUUGGUGGUGGUUGAUGGAAUCCUGGCUUUCUACAGCUUUCUAGUAACUGUGGCCCUUUGUGUUUUCUGGAUGAAUAGUAAAACCAAAAGGCUCCUUCAGAGUGACUACAUGAACAUGACUCCCCGAAGGCCUGGGCCCACCCGCAGGCACUACCAGCCCUACGCUCCAACAAGAGACUUUGCAGCAUACCGCCCCUGACAGGGCUGCCUAUCCAGAAGCCAGUUGGCUGGCGCCCCUCCAACUACUCAACACCACUGCUCUGGAUAGGAAAGCAUCACCUCAUUUUCAGCCAGCCACCUUGUUAGGCCACCAAGCCAAUUGUUCUUGAACAUCUGGGCUAUAUUUUAAGAUCAUCUUGACACUGCAAUGAAGUUAAGUUCCUGUGACAGGCUAAGUCUUGCUUUGUUAAGACCCCAAUUCAAGCUUAUCAUAUAUUUAUUGACUUGAUCAAGAACUUAGAGAAGUCAACAAAAAGUGAGUGGAUUCUCUCAGCUUUGAAUUCUGCUCCUAGACUGCUGGGUGAGACAAGUUCCUUCCACAUUUGUUUCCCAUCUCAGUCCAGCAAGGUAUGAUAUUCAAAGAUAUUUUAGAUGGAGAAGAAAGCUUAGAAAAUAAUUUCCUUUGGUUAAAUAGAUAUUUAGGGUAGGUUAAACUGAGGGAGAAGGUAGUGUCACUAAAUAGUUUUAAACUGUUAAAACACUUUCUUCCUUAUGAAAUGAGCCACUUGGUUGUUAUAUAAUGCUAUUUUCCUGUUAAAAUCAUGUGGACUUUAAUGAAUUCUGACCAUGUCAGUUUAAGUCACAGAAUUCCCUCAAAACAUAGGUAGACUUGCUUUCUUCAUUCCCAGUGAUGAGAAUUUUAAUGUUCACAGUAUGACUUCAAAAGAAUGGAAGAAUCCUCUCACACAAAGAAGAAUGUGUCCAAAAAUAAGGUCACAUUAUGUCAAAAUGAUUUGAAUACUAUGAUGGAUUAUUUGUUCAGCAGCACAUGCUAGCCAAGCUGCUGCGUUUCAACUUUGUACGGUUGUUCUCUUUGUGUGGAAAUCGGAAGUGAGAUACAUAGAACACCCAUAAGGGAAGAGAUGAUAUUGUGAAAGGGGGAGGUUAGUGUCUAUUAAGAUACAAGCGAUGAGUUCCAAGAAAUUUCUUCUGAAAAAGGGAUUGAAGCAAUUCUUGCCAUGUGCUAAUGUCUGCAUUGAGUGGACACUUUUCCAGAAGGCACCAAAUAGAAGAAUCCUUGGUGUAAGAGUUCCUUUAUAGAAACUUUCAGCACUCCAGAAUUCUGUGGGUUCAGUUACCCAGGUACCCAGGAGAAACAUUGGCAUGGAGUAUGACUCUUGAAACAAUGUCAAAAUGCUCUAAAAAGAUCUGAUCUUGGAAUGACUAUGGAUAUUUUUCUGCUUCCAGUUUGGGUCAACUGAAAUAUACCUAAGGACCCUGAAGACUAGCUGUACUGCCUCCAUUAUCAUUUGUUCAGUACUUUGGUUUAUUCAUGUACUAUAGGAGCCUAUGUUUUAGAGGUAGAAGUGUUUCAAAUCUCAUCACUAUUUGAAUGGCCUCAGGCAAGUCACUGGUCACCUAAGACUCUUCAAUUGUAAAAUGGACAUAAUGAUCACAAAUAUCUAUCUGUCCUUGUAUUAUAAUCUCCAAGAGGGCAUGGCUACUGUCAUGACAGUCAAGGCAUACUGUCAAGAUACCAUCCUAGUCUUUAUUCUUGAGUAUAAUAUUUUUACUUAUUAUCAUAUAGGUAAAUUACAUGUAGAAAUUAAAUGGGACAAUGAGAACAUCAAAAUCCCCAAUUUUUCUAUUUCUUGAACUAUUGUAUCUUGUAAUGAAAUGUAAGGCAUUUUCCCCACUUUGUAUAUAAAGAAGUCUUAAUUAUGUUUUAAUGUGGGAAGGAGAGGAGUCUUAGGAAUUUUAUGCUUCUGACAGGAAAUAUUGUACUCUGAUUUUUAAAAAUCUCUUCUGUUUUUUGUAUUUAAUUAAUCCAGAGAAGAUCAAGUUCACCAGUAGUUGUUUGAUGGACUGCUAUUUUACAUGUGCACUUGUGUCUAAGGCCAACCUCUUGGCACACAGAGUUCUUCAAUCCAAGUUAUCUGAUUAUAUAUUUAAAAUUGAUAGAGCUAGAGAAUUUGUAGAAAUGGCAGUAGCAAAAAAAAUAAACACUUUUUUUGUGAACAUGGAAAGAUUUGAUCUUUGGCAAUAAGUGGUUUUGUCUUCUAACUGGAAAUGUAGGUUUACUAAAGAUGAAUCACACUUGAGAUUUUUCUUACUCAUGCUGAACAUAACCAAACCAAAGUCAUGUUAUGUAGGGAAGUCCAUUUUCACUAUUAGUGUGAACCUAGAAAAAGUUGAAAAACAGUGGUUGGAGUAAUGCUUUUUGCAGUUUCAGAUAUGAUAAUUGUGAAAAAACAGCAUCAUUUGCUAUGAUUACUGUAAGAGUUUAUAAUUCAUGAUAUUUCUGUAUUUUUUAUUUGGGAGCUGAGUAUGUAAAUUUGGAGGCUGAGCAUGUAAACCUAUAAAGACAAAGUAUCCAUUACAUCUUUUGCACCUAGCGCUAAAAUUACCACACUAUCAUAUACUUGUUUUUAAUUUUGUGUUUAAAUAUUGUCUUCAGGGCAUGUAUCCUUUCUGGUUUACCAAUACCUGCAUUUAGGCCAGACUCUCAUAUGUUAAUUUCACUUCAAGCAAGGUAUACAGUUGGUUUAUUUGCUUAGUUUCAGUCACAGUUUCUCAUCAGGCUAAUAGUUUACCUCACUGAAGGCUCAGGCUGGACUUACAUGUACAUUCUGUGUGAUGUAAAUGCUCUGUGAGAAAACUCACAGUUCAGUCUUGAAUCAGUCAGACACCUGUCAGCAUGGACAUUUUAAUGGCUUUUUUGAUUAUUAAAUGAUGUCAUUCCUCAUCCCAGCCUUUUUGCAUUGUCAGAUGGAAAUUUCAGCAGCCUUGGGGACUGAUCCCAAGGUACUAAAUUCAACUCCAUGCUGGAAGUUAGAGAUGAUAUCAGUAAUGGAUGUAGAACCAAGAUAGCACUUCCCCAGGACUGCUAUUAACCCACAUCAAUGAGAGUAGCAUAGCUUCCUGCAAGGUCUAGACUCAGUGAAUCUUGUACCUGCAAGGUCAUUUGAGGCUCGAUGAAUCUCUCUCUGCCUCUCUGUCUCUGUCUCUCUUCUGCCCCUCCCCAUGUUUAUGCAUAUUUUUUUUUGACAUAUUCUUCUUCAAAUAUCCCAGGCAUGUUCCCACCUUAAGGCCUUCACAUAUAGAUAGUACUUUUCUAGAAGGUUCUUCCCUAAAUAUCUACCUGGCUGAUAUCUUCUGCUUACUUUCUUGCUUAUUUUUUCUCUAUAAUAUUUUAUCAUCUUUACACUAGUCAUGUUAUUGAUUUGCUUAUUGCUUCCCUCCCCCAAACUAGACUGUAAGCUCCAUAAGGGAGAGGAUUCCAUCUGUUUUGCUUAUUGCCCAGUAUGCAAUAAAUAUUUGGUGGCUGACAAAAUGAAUUUCAUAUGGGUUUAUGAAUUGAUGGUCCAACAAAAUGGUCUAAUCACACUCUGAGAAGGAGCAAACUAAUUCAUAUGAUUAAAGUCAUAUUUAUAAGAGAAAUACAUAAAGCACAUGUAAAGCAUCUGGUGAAAGAGAAUCUUGUAGCUAUGUUACCUACAUUUUAGAAUUUUUUUUGCAGUCUGGAAAACUAUGUUAAAGAAGUCAAAACUAAGAGCAAGUUUAUUUUCCAUGGAAGUCAUGUUUCCUCUUAUUGGAGUAUCGACCAUGCUUUAACUAUAUGAUUAGACUAAUCCUCUGAAAAUGUUGUUUUUGUUGUUAAAACUGCUUUCUCCUACUGAAGCUCUGCUCUUUCCUAUGAAAUGAUCUUACACCAACAAAUUCUAUAAAUUUCUGGCUCUGAUUCAAGAAGAGCUCACAAAUGGAAAUUUGAGGACAGAAAAUGUAAGCAUCUUCACCUGUCAUGCUCAUGUCAUAACUGAGCUCUUAGAUAACUCUCAACAGUUUCAAAGUAAAAGCAUGAAUAACAAACCAAUAAAACUUGCAGCACUUGGAGAAAGAAUUAGAUUCAGAUGCAGAGAGUAACAGGGGGAAUUUUAUCUAAGUAUAUUAUAUAUAUGUAUGGAAAUAUUGUGAGAUACCCUUUCAUGAAAUUAAUAUAUGCCAAUGAAAAAUUUUAAAAAUCAACUUUAUUCAACACAUACGCAUUCGAGUACUAACUUGUAGGUAGGGAAGGCCCUUGAACAACAGACAGAACUUUCCUGAAUAUUCACAGAGCAGUUCCAGUUUCCUUGGUUGCAAAUUUUAGUCUAAGAAUCAAAUAGGUGGACCAGGAGUUGUUAAAUAAAGUGUAAUAAAGGCAACAACAGCUUGGAAAAGAUGUAUAGUCACUCAUGAAUGGUUCAUCAGGACUAAUGAACUGCAAAAGGAUAAGAUUGGUUAAAACAAUCCUGGCUAGUAAAUAGAUCUUCAUAAUAAGCUGUCCUUUUACUGUAUUAAUAAAAAUUUUAAAAGAAACAAAAAAUACUCAUUUAUUCUAGUACCUUGACACUUGAGUUCAAGAUGGAAACCGAUGUGAACGUCAUUUCUUCACCUGACAGACCUUCCACCAUGUUCUGGAUACAAAAAUAUAUGAGCUAUGUAAAUGCCCACAAUCCUGAGUUCACUCCUUUCCUCCAGUCUGAGAAAAAAAGAAUUCACUCCCUUUUAAGCAGCAGAUCUGCCUUCUCUUCCCCUCAUCUGGAAUAGAAAUGAUGGAAGGGUGAGAAAAAUCAGAGGAGAAAUGUCUGAAUCUGUUGUACCACAAUAAGCAGGGGUAACUAGGAUGCUCUGGAAGCCACUGGAUGUUGCUGGAUGUUUUCAUAACUAAAGUCUUAUUGUUCUACUUAGGCUUUGCCCAAAGCCUUAUAUUUCAGAAGCAUUCCUUGAAGUUUGUCCUCGAAGUUUGGAUCUUCAAGAACACAUUGGAGGGGCCAGAUCUCCCCAUUCUCUCUUGUCUAGCCUUCCAGGAAUAAGGUGCACUUUUCCCUUUGAAGAUUCAGAGGCUGCCAGUGCACAGGACCUCAGGCCAGUGUCCAGAGCAGAAUGACUCACUUUCUCAGCAUGCCUUUUGUUAAACAUCUCAGGGUGUUGACAUUGGGCCCAAUGCUUGAAAAUCACUUGGGAUGAAAUUCGGAUGAUCGAAGAAUGUAUCAGUUUUACUCAGCUGAUGUUACUCUUGGAACAACAACCAAGGGCCAAAAUGUCUGCUUCAAAGACCAUUCUUUUUAUUUGGCCAUGUAAACUCUGUAUAAGGGUCUGGAGUGCCAGAUUCUCAAGAGAGGAUAAGUCAUUAUAAAAGGUAAUUGAUCUCAGGGCAAGAGGAUUGGAUUUUUACUUGUAUUUCAUUGGGCAGAGCUAUCUCAGUGAUAGAUUUAAAUGUUUCUCUGUCUCCAAAGAAGAAACUAUGAGCUGGGUGGAAAUGUCAGUUGAGGCCCAAGAGUAGCAAACAGCUUUGUUUUCCUAUAGCUGUGGUUUUACAUGGUGGUGAUGACACACGAAGAUGAAAAUGUGCAGCAUGAACUCCAGUUGUUAUCUGUGUGAGCAUCUCUGCCAAUGCUGAGGGAUAUGUGUGGGUGUCACCUGCAGAGAGAGAGAGAGAGAGAGAGAGAGAGAGAGGAGAGAGUGCCGCCAUUUCAGAAAGAAGAGUCAGUUAAUAAACAUCAUCAGUGACAAGUGAUGUUGCUUAUUUCAUGAACUUCAUAUCAAUUUCCUUUCUCAUGUUAAUGUCCAUAUCUGUAUUUAAUACCUGAACUGAAUUUAUGAGUAUCUGGUGACUAAGGGAAAGGGUGGAAAAAAUGGCCUUGAAUGAAUUUCUCCCGCUUUAUACGUGGCAUUGUGGGUAAAGAGUCUUAGGAACUACAGAAGAUAGAUACUUCCACAGAAGAUAGAAAUAUUGUGUAUAUCUGUAUAGUGUGUGCCCUGCUCAAGGCCUCUAAUGAUGGUGAUAAGGGCUGAAAUCCACUCAGGAUCCUCUUAGGAAGGAUGCACCUGCUUCUUAAAGGAGUCUGAAGGUGCCUGUCUCUAAUAUGUCCUGGGGACUACGGUGGUCCUAACAGAAUGUUAACCUUUCUGCUGCUAGGUAACAGAGCUUUGUAUCCUCAAACCAGAAAAUACCUACCAAUGCAUAUCAAUUAAAGCAAAAUAAAACAAAAUAGGUUCUUAAUACCAUAAA